AUGGAGCUUGGAGGAUUUUUUGAAGCAUCACCGGCCAAGUUCAAUGGCAAGACCAGUCUUGAUGUCGCAGAUCAGUGGCUGAAGGACAUGGAGAGGAUUUUUGAUGCCAAGAUAUGUCCUGAGGAGAGUAGACUUGCCUUCGCAUUGCACAUGCUCACUAGAGAGAAGCCAGUCACAUGGGAAGCUUUUAGGAGGAAGUUCCUCUCCGAGUACCUCCUUGAUAGUGUGAGAUACGCUAAUGAGGUGGAGUUCCUCCAACUAACCCAGGGGAACAAAUCUGUGGCAGAAUAUGUAGAGAAGUUCCAACACCUCGGCUGUUUCUACACCAUGCCGCUAGAUGAGGAGUGGCGAUGCAGGAAACUUCAGAACGGUCUUAGGGGAGACAUUUGCUUGAUGGUGGCUCCACUCUACAUCAAGGAUUUUGCAGCCUUGGUGGAGAAGGCUAGAGUCAUGGAGAGGAUGAAGGUGGAGGUAGAAGCUCAACAUUCCCAGCAGUAG